AUGGCUGUAUACGCCUCUCAACUUGGGGCCAAAGGUCCCUUCUCAAACAGCGCUCCUCCUUCUUUACCUUCACCCGCGCCACCAGCAGGUACAUUCUUACCCGGUACCAAGGUUCACGUUGGACACCAUCGGGUGGUCAUCGAGCGCUACCUUUCUGAGGGCGGUUUCGCCCAUGUCUACGUCGUUCAGCUGCCGCGUCCUGUAGAUGGAAACCAUAAGGCUGUCCUCAAACGGGUAGCCGUCCCUGACAAGGACCACUUAGCCAGCAUGAGAACAGAGGUCGAGACCAUGAAGAGGCUGCGGGGUCAUAAACACAUCGUCAAAUAUAUUGAUUCUCACGCUUCGCAAUUGAAGGGCGGCGGCUACGAGGUGUUUCUGCUCAUGGAGUUCUGCGAGGGGGGCGGACUCAUUGACUUCAUGAACACGCGCUUACAAAAUAGACUGACGGAGCCUGAGAUCUUGAAGAUAUUCACGGACGUGGCCGAGGGCGUGGCAUGCAUGCAUUAUCUGAAACCACCUCUGAUGCACAGGGAUCUGAAGGUUGAGAACGUGCUCAUCUCCACGUCUGGUACGUCCAGGAUAUACAAGUUAUGCGAUUUCGGCUCUGCAGCCCCGGCGAGACCAGCCGCUACGACAGCCGCUGAGGGUCGAUUAAUUGAACACGACAUCAAUCGCCAUACGACACUUCAAUACCGGAGCCCCGAGAUGAUUGACGUGUAUAGGAAACAGCCGAUCAACGAGAAGGCGGAUAUCUGGGCUCUUGGGGUGUUUCUCUACAAACUCUGCUAUUACACCACUCCGUUUGAAGAAGCUGGACAGAUGGCCAUCCUGAACGCCAGAUUCAAGUUUCCGGCCUACCCCCGAUUCUCCGAUCAGCUCAAACUGUUAAUCGCGUCCAUGCUUCGUGAACGGCCUUCUGAACGGCCGACCAUAUAUCAGGUCUUGCAGAAGGCGUGCCAAAUGGAUGGUCGAGAGUUGACGACCCCAGACAUCUACACGCGCCGCACUCUCUCAGAGAGUGGGAAAGAACAAGUUCAUCCAGCACAGCCUCCAAGCUCUCAAUCCAAAGCCGGCGCAACACUGUCUCCACCUAGACAGGAGGCUCGCCCGAACAUCCCUCAAAUAGAACCUAUGCGACGAGGUCGUCCAACGAAACCUGUAUCGCAUCACGGCUCAGCCAAGCCCAGUCCGUCGCCUCUACGCAUGGUGGAGAGCCCCGAUCCCUUCGCAGCGCUGGAUGGAAACAAUAUGACCGUCGGAGAUGAACUCUCCUCCCGCUUUCCGACCCUCGAUCAGUUCUCCCUAUUGACUGACAAGGGUAGCAAGUUUGCAUUCGAACCUCAGACAGAGAGAAGAUCAGAAGCCGUCGACCCUCCUUUGGCGCAGCGAGUCACGAAUGCCCUAGCAGAUGAGGCAUUUGCAAGAGGACCGAGUCCUGCUAGAACAAACGCUUCUCUAGAAAAGCCUCCGAUAAUUACCAAACCGCAACCUGUAUUGCAGCAUAAGGGUUCUCUCGAAAUCAAGGAACCCCAGGUACGAGUCAGCAAUACCGUAAGUGCGCCACCUGUCGCUGCACCAAGACCCUCAAUGGUGUCUACUGGCACUAUGACCACGCCUUCACCACCCCCGGAUGUUCAACCGACUCCAGACAGGCCAAUUACUCGCCUCCCUCCCAGUGAACAACCGCCCAGAUCUUCAGAUGUGAGCCAGCCUUCUAGCCAGACGCGGGCGCCGGAACCGAGCAACAACAGCUCAAGGCUCGCAAAGCUGUUACGGGAGGAUGCCGUCAGAUCCCAGCUUGCCGAUGAAGUGGAGACGAGGACACUCGUUUCGGCGCGACCUUCUCUUGAUGGAGGUCGGCCCUUGAUGCGGGAUCUAAACUCCGGCGUUAGUAGAUCAAGAUCGUUAAAUUUCAGACCUCGACCGGCAAGUGUCAACCUAGGAAGCAUACCUGGUUACAUUAAAGACAAGGACAUCAAGGGCCUUGAUUACGACGCCACCUUUACCAGCGCAGAGCCCGAAAUGGAGCCUUUAACUCCUUCCGAAUCGGCGACAAACAUCACAUCAGACGUGGACUUUCUGAAGUCUCGAGAAGAAGAAGGGAAAGAACGGAAACAUCAUCACAUACGCUUGGGAAGCGGCUCGAGACACAUGAAACGCUCUAGUGUGCCGUCCAUAGGCCUGACGGGAACCACAAAGUUAUUGGCCGGUAGAUUUGGCGAUGCUUUCAAGAAAUUUGAAAACAACGACUCCGAUUAUCCAAGAGAAAGGGCGGAUUCUCCUUCGUUAGAUCCGAUCAACGUUCUGACCCCAAUCGCAGGGUCAGAAGCUACGGACCUGAGUGAUGACCGACCACCUUUGGACGAGACUGAAGACCUAUCUCCCGAAAUGCGGCGUGAGCUGGAGAAGCGGAAAUUGGAGGCGGAGGAGCGACGGGUCGCCAAUGCUGCUGCAGAGUACAGGGAACGAGUAACAGCAAGAGGAGGCGUUGGUAUCAAUGGUGUAGGAACGGUCAAGGCAGCUUCCAUCCAGGCCAGAGUGCGGUCUCUGUUGGGUGAGAAUGCCAGGCCUGCACAGAAGACGGCGACUGGCUAUGGCCACUUUACUGAUUCUGCGGAGUCGCCGGAGAGAUCGGAGGAGCGGAGAUCGACUCAAUCGACCAGACCUCCUCCACCUCAAAGUACCCACGAUGGUGAAAGACAUGGUUUUCCGAAAGCAGUGUCUGCUCCUGGCUCCGCCGUCAGCCUCACGCGAUUAGAAACACGGCCUCAGAGACCUACCGCACCCCCCAAGCCGAAGAUUCUACGGACUGGAAUGGGCGGGCAUGGGGAUGUGGUAGCAAGUGAAGGGACUGCAAGUGUCAAUGCUGGCGACGACUGGGAAGCGAAUUUCAGCAAGAAAUAUCCCAGUCUCGCAGGGCUUGAGAUGGUAGAGACAUCGAUCGAUGCGCCCAAGUCCACCACAACAGUGCGGACCCGGGAAGUGUAG